GAGGGAGGCGGGGGGGGCGGUGUCUGGUAGGCGGGGCGUUGGCGGCACCUCCACCUAGGAGGUGGGGACCAAGAAGAAUCCGGGCUCCGGGAGGCUCCUUCCGGAGGCACCGAGGGGCGGGGCCCCCGCGACGGGGAGGGAGGCUCCUCCUCGGGAGGGGCGUCGGACGCCUGAGGCGGGGCUUUGGCCGGACGGACGAGGCCCCGGGGAAGGAGGAGGACGCUGACUGACGCCCCCGCGAGGGGCGGGGCCUGAACGAAUGCUAGGCCGGGCGGUGACGUAACUGGAGGGGCGGGCCCGAAGCGAGCGGGAGGGAGCUCGCUCCCCGAGGGCGGGGUCGGGAGUCCGUGACGUAACUCGGAGGCGGGAUAUAGGCGGGGCCAGCUGCGGGCGGGCCGACGUGUCUUGGCAGCUCCUGCCCAGCUCGGACCAGGACGGUCCCGCCAUGGCGGGCUCCAGGCAGCCCCGGCGCUUGUUCCUGCAGGGCGUGGCUGCUGCCUUCAUGUUCGCCUUCGCCUCGCUCUACGCGCAGAUCCCAGGGCUGUAUGGGCGUGAUGGGAUCCUGCCUGCCCGGAAGAUGCUCCGACCUCUGGGGAAGGGUCUGUGGCAGCAGCUGUGGGAGGUACCCACACUGCUCUGGCUGUCCCCGAGGCUGGGGCUGGACACAGAGCAGGGCAUGGAGUUGCUGAGCCUCCUGGGGACACUGUGCAGCCUAGGGGCCCUGCUGGUGCCCUCCUUGCGCCAUAGCCUACUCUACCUGCUGCUUUGGAGUCUCUACCUCUCUCUCUACCAGGUGGGACAGGUGUUCUUGUACUUCCAGUGGGACUCCUUGUUGCUGGAGACAGGCUUCCUGGCGGUGCUGGUAGCUCCUUUGUGGCCCCCGUGGGGCAAGGAGACAGGAGCCCUGCCACACGCAGAUGUCCCCUUCUGGCUGGUCCGGUGGCUUCUCUUCCGCCUUAUGUUUGCCUCGGGAGUGGUCAAGCUCACCAGCCGCUGCCCUACUUGGUGGGGACUCACAGCCCUGACCUACCACUAUGAGACACAGUGUCUGCCGACACCUGCCGCCUGGUUUGCCCACCACCUGCCUGUCUGGCUUCACAAGCUCAGUGUGGUGGCCACCUUCCUCAUUGAGAUUGCCGUGCCUGUCUUGUUCUUUGCCCCCAUCCGCCGGCUUCGCCUUGCUGCCUUCUACUCUCAGGCCUUGCUCCAGGUCCUGAUCAUCCUCACGGGGAAUUACAAUUUCUUCAACCUGCUCACCCUGGUGCUCACCACAUCCCUUCUGGAUGAUCAGCAUGUGGCCUGGUGGCUGGGCACAGGUCGGAUGAAGCAGCCUCCUGCUUCUCGGGCCCGGCAGCUGCUGACAGCCCUGUCCCUGCUUCUGGAAUUAGCUGUCUAUGGGCUCCUGGCCUACGGUACAGCUCACUACUUUGGUCUGGAGCUGGACCUGGAAUGGGGCAGCAUUCAGGCCAAGACAGCCUUCACCUUCCAUGAGUUUUCCCAGUGGCUGAAGGUGGUCACAAUGCCCACUGUGUGGCUGGGCAUGGCCUCCCUGUUCUGGGUGCUGCUGACUGCCCUCUACAGGUGUGCCCGGAUCCGCAGAUGGCUGGGGAAGCUCAAGGCCGCUGUCCAGCUGGCCAUCGUAGGUGCAGCUGUUGUGGCCAUGUUCACGAUCAGCCUGGUGCCCUACACCUACCUGGAACCGGGGACCAACAGGCAGCUCUGGCCUGGGGCCUACCGCCUCUUUGGCGCUGUGGAGCACUUGCAGCUGGCUAACUCCUACGGCCUGUUCCGCCGCAUGACAGGCCUAGGUGGGCGGCCCGAGGUGGUCCUGGAGGGCAGCUAUGAUGGGCAGAGCUGGACGGAGAUCGAGUUCAUGUAUAAGCCGGGGAAUGUCAGCGUGGCUCCCCCCAUCGUGGUCCCCCACCAGCCCCGCCUAGAUUGGCAGAUGUGGUUUGCUGCCCUGGGCCACCACACCCACAGCCCCUGGUUUUCCAGUCUUGUCUACCGCCUGCUUCAGGGGAAAGUACCCGUGAUCCGCCUGCUGCAAGUGGAGGUCUCCAGGUACCCAUUCUGGGAGCAGCCACCCACAUAUAUCCGGGCACAGCUGUACAAGUACUGGUUCUCACGGCCUGGGGAGCAAGGCCAAUGGUGGCGGCGGAAAUGGUCCGAGGAGUUCUUUCCUUCGGUGUCCCUGGGGGACCCAAAGCUGGAGUCAUUGCUUACACAGUUUGGCCUCCAGGACAAGAGCCCAGGCCGACCCCCUCACAACUCGGCCAGCCUCCUACCUCGAGCCCUGCGCUGGCUUCGGGAUCAGCUGACCCCCCUGGCUGCCCCCAUGCUGCUCUGGGGCCUCAUCUGCUCAGUGGGGGCCAUCCACCUCCUCCAGGCGCUGCUGCUUCCCAGGCCCCAGAGGCCUGAAACAGCAGGUGGGGAGAAGAACAGACCACCUUCCCAGAAGGAGAAGGGGGGCAAGGACCGGUCCCCACCCCAGAGCUCCGAGGGCUCUGGAAACAGCUCCAAAGGGUCCCGGCGAAAGAAAUAGUGUUGGCCAGACUGGAUGUCAGGCUUCUUCUCAGGCGUGGCUCUCCUGCCCCUGGUGGCCGGGGCCUGAGGGGCUGUAAGGGUGAGGACAGGAGGACAGGAUGCUCUUGGAGCACCACCACCAGCCCCCACCAAGCUCAGGACCUUCUCAGCCCCUCCCAUCUGCUGCACUCUGGGCUCCUUCCUUGGGGCCAGCUUCAAAUGCCUUUGUGACACUGUCUGAUGCCCCUGGGCAAGGCUGGGAUGCCCAGGGCCCUCUGGGCCGAGGCCAGACACCCACCCUUCCUACUGGUAUGUAAGAUGGGUGGACAGAGGUCUUCCUCAAGUUUUCUUAAUAAAGGAACGUCUUUGGCCUUUU